UGGACCGCGUGCCGCGUUUUCCCGUGUCAUUUUGCUGUGUCGAUUUCAACGCUGAUAUUUGUUCAAGUUUCGUCGCUGAGUUGUGGACUUAAAGCGUGGUAAACUUUUCGUCCGAAGCGGCCAAAAACGAUUCUACUCCAACUUACUGUGUGACUUAAUUCAAAGUGUCUAAUCGAUAGAAACGAUUUGCACCCGAGCCCACUAGUCGUUGGUAGCGACCCGAGCGUGAACAAACGGUUCGCGAAAUGCUUGAGUACUUCAAUAUGCUGUGUUGAGACAACUUAUUGUGAGUGUGUGGAAAUUUUGGACUUCGCUUAACUCGCGCCUUUCUGGCUAUCACUGAACAAGGCUAUCAAGGAUUGUCGACCAACAUGUAUCAAAGUCGACAUACGGUAAGUGAAAAUUCGUGUUGAAAUGGUAGUUAUUGUAAAACAGGCUCUCGUAAUGUGACACCCCGGCUCUUUCACAAGUCGAGCUCAAAAAUCGUAAUUUCCUCCCUCUCCCAGACACCGCAUCAACCUUCCGGCCAACCAUUCAAGUUUACUGUAGCCGAUUCAUGCGAUCGUAUCAAAGAAGAAUUUAACUUUCUUCAAGCACAGUACCACAGGUAAGUUCUCAAGUCUGUUGAUUACUGUUCCCUGCAUGAAUUGACCGACCCGAAAACAUCAUUUGUGUUCGUAGAAGUUUGGCGCGUUAAAGUUUGGCAAAUGGCUUAUGAGGCGUGAAUUUCGAUUUAAGAUGUGAUGCCCAGCGAAAAGGGUCUUCAGAAGCCCCUAGCUCGGCGUAUAACUUUAAUUUAUUUUAGAAGCAUCGAGCCAUUAUGUCAUGUAAAGUUAAUCUUAUCGUAGGCUUUCAACACAAUAUUUACAUUGUACUGUUUUCUUGCUUUUAGCUUGAAGUUAGAGUGUGAAAAGCUAGCAAGCGAGAAGACAGAGAUGCAAAGGCAUUAUGUUAUGGUAAGCAAGAUCUUUUCGAUGUUACGUGCUUUUAUCCAGUAUUUUGCUCAUGUCAACCUCAAGGACCUUUCGAUUAACACGCGCGCACAUCUUUGUAGCCUAAAAAUUGUGUAUUCACGAAAUACGAGCUCGGGCUACUUUUGUUAUUUGGAAAGCAAAAAACUAUUGAGCCAGUCAUCUUUGCUAUUGUUUACUUUUCUGUGACGUUAGAGGUUUUGGCCUCAAGAUGUGAAUACCAAGUGUUCGUUUAUAUUCCCGAUAAGGUUUGUAUUAGGUUAAUAGCUUUUCUGACCGUGUAGCCCAAGGCCUUUUCCUCCUAAUUGUGUAAUAAUGGAGUCGCCCCGCUGUAAUUAAUUUGCAAUAGAUAGUUGAUCUGUAUUUGUGGAAGAAAUUUAGCUCGGCGUUUUAAUCUUGUAAUCCCAAGAAAUCGGCUAGCCGACUUGUAUAGUGUAUUGUUCAGUAGCUACAAGCAGAUGUGUUCCUACGGAGCAUGUUGGGAUUAAAGAUUUGAAUCUAACCCCACGUUAUGCCGACAUUGCAUGUCACUUACAACGUUCAGUGAGAACGCUUCUCGGAAAGUUCACACUUCAAUGACGUUUGUUUUUAUUUUUUCUUGCAGUAUUACGAGAUGUCAUAUGGACUCAACGUGGAGAUGCAUAAACAGGUCUGUAACACUACGUGACAAUGUGAUAGAAAGUGGGUUUGCCAGUGAUGGUUCCUACAAUGUAAAUUCCUCUCAACGAGAUCAAGAAGUCAUCUUUUUGGCGACAUCACUUGAUACGACCACUCGUUGAGAUAAGCCGUUGAUAGAUAAACGAGCGAAUUAUUUUUGGCAAGCUUUGCUGACAUUCAUCCAGUCCGAAAGACAAACACUAUUGAACGGAAAUGUGGACUUGAAAGUAUGUCCUUGAGUCGCUUUAUCUCCCGCAAAAUUAAGGAUUAAAUUUUUGGCAUGGUUUAUUCAUCAACAGUCUUGCAUUACACCUUAGACAAACUUUGAGGCGACAACCUCUAAUGGUUUACAUUUUUCCUUUCCGAAAUGCAAAUUAAAAUCUACUUGAAGCCUUGACUUCUCAAACAGCCUGGUAAAUUGGUGUCCUAAUAUAAACAAGAAUGGCUACGGAAGAAUUAAUUGCAAAUUGAAUACAAAGCCUACGGUGAAUACAAGAUACUUAAACGUUCCGCUGACGGUUUUAGAGGCUUUUUAAAAUAUGUCAAGCUUUCUAUUCUUAAUUGUAGCUCGUGUAAAUUUGUUUAUUUUGGCACAAGUCGUUUGCAUAGCCCCUCACCUGCUCGGGGCUAGAACGCUCUCGUUCGAUCGCCUCUGCGCUCACGCCGCGGCCAUAUUAGUGCGCGCUCGAGCUGUAAUCAAAUAAUCCGUUAUGGGAACUGAAUACCAAGAUUAAGCGAGAGAGUAAAGCAGAUCAAUCAGCCAUGUCAUGCGUCUGUCAUCCCAAAGGGAUUUAUAUUGUCAUCACGUUGUCUUUGUCGUGGUGUUAAUUUAAUGCAGGUUGUAGUCGCGUCAAUGUAUGUAAUUGCCGGGACGUGAUAUGUCGAAUAUGGCUCUGUUUACAAGGUGGUCCCUAAUUUUUGUGUGAUCACCUUGCGGGUGAGCCAACAAUUUCUUACUUAGAAAAUAUUCUUAAUCAAAAUAAUUUAAUGUGAUUGGAAGAAAUGAUGUGUCCAAUCUCAGUACUGCAAAAUGUGCUUUUACUUCUUGGUGUUAAAAAAUGAAGAGCAAAGGUUGAGAAAGAUGAAAUUAACCGAACUGGUUGUUUGUGAAGCCUCAUUGGGUAUUUUUUAUGGUUUAGAGGAUACAGCACAGUUUGCACUUAACGAUAAAAUUACUCAACUGUGAAAGGAAGUCGGUUUGUUAAACACUGCUUCCUCCCCAGAAUAACCACAAAAUUGAGCAAAUUUCCUAUUCAGACAGCUCUCUGGUGUGUAACAAUUUUAAGCAACAGGAAAAAUAUGAUCAAUUAUGGAAACAAAGAAUUCUUCUAGAAUAAUCAAUGAUGUGAUCUCUGUUGUGUUUUCAUUACUUGUAGGCUAAUUUGAGGGAUGGUUUUGUUACUGCAUGGACGUAAAACAGUCUCAUUCAAAUGUCUUUCUUUUCAUUAUUUUGUUUUUCUCCUAGAUUUUUCUUAAUAAUUUAUAUCAAUGUGUGCAAAUUAUUGUUAAAUAUUAUUCAUAUUUAAAUCAUACAAACUUAUGGGAAAGUUGAUAUUUGUUUAUUUUCAUUUUUUUCAGACAGAGAUAGCUAAAAGGUUAAAUGCAAUCUGUGCACAAAUCAUACCAUUUCUCUCUCAAGAUGUGAGUAUUGCGUGAGUCCACUCAUAAGCAGAAAUGUGUUCUGUUUUAUAGUGAAAGGAUGAAUAUUUCUCUUUCAUGUGCUUCUCUUGCGACCUUUUAAAUCAAGUACAGAAAGUGUGACUGACAGACUAGUGAAUGAGUACACAUCAUCAUCAUCACAUGCUGUCAUUAAUUACUAGAAGGUUCAGCAAUGGGUGGUAUAGGUAAUCCCCUAAUCUCGUCAGCAAAUGGUUCCACGGGAUCUCUAAAAAUCUUGAUCUUUCUCUUCUUUUAUUGGCGGCUUACUUUAAUGCAUUUUUUAUAUACAAAGUGUGAUUUGAUAUAGUUUGUAGUAUUCUCCAGUGUUGACACAAAAAGAUCUCAGCUCAUGUCUGUCAAAAUUGAUAGCCUAUUUAUUAUUACGAAUAUUUUUUUAAGAAGAGUUCCUUUCAACAACCUCCAGGGUUUGUUAAUGUAGAGCUGUUUGUCAUCAAACAAGGCCACUGUGGGGUGAUUUAAUGAAGAUUUUGCCUGCACAUAUUGUAAUAUAAAUUCCAAACUUCCAGUACCAAUUGGCUACUGAAUGAUUGCACUAAAUAUUACAGACAUGACACAAUUCACAAAGAUUACCUGAAAGAUUGAGUUUGUGAACAUGGAAAUUGAAACAGCAGUUACAUGAUAAAAACAAUUUGGAAUAUAAAUAAAGUUUCACUCAGUGAUUAUUAAUUCUUCAUGCAGACUAAUCUGAAUUGGUUCCAGUCGAGGAGAGUGGAAGUCACUUUGGCCAUGAAGAAUGCAUUUAAGAAAUUUCUAGAGCUGUGUUUCAACUAUUAUAAUUUUACCUAAAUUGUGAUUAAAGUUUUAUUGGGAUACUUUCCUAUUAAAUGAUUUUGACAGAUUCGUUUUCAUGUUUUGUUGAUCUUGUUUAGUGCUAAGCUUUUUGUGUCCAAUUCUUUUUAAAGCACCAACAACAAGUUGCAGCAGCAGUAGAGAGAGCCAAACAGGUGACGAUGACCGAAUUGAAUGCCAUUAUUGGGGUAAGAUCUCAACCAUUACCCUAAGUUGUCGAGAUGGAGGGAAGGUGGGAACCAGGGAAAGUAUUAGAAAAUGGGAAGGAGAUUUGUGGGGAAAGAAAGUAGGAGAGAAAUGUCAGAAUGCAAGUAUUCAUCAAUGAUUCACCCUUUACACCCUAACAUCAGUAUGCAUAUUCUCCAUACUGUUCUCUAUACAUUUCUUGAGGGUCUGAAAAGGAGAAUUUGUUUAACAGUCAAGAGUUCUUUAGUUGUUGAUCAUUUCUCUUAUUCUCAUGACCUUAAUGUUUGAUUCAGGGCUGAUAUUGUAAGGGAAAACUAGAUGCCAGUCACUCUUAAGGGUUAAAGGGUAAAGUUUGUAUUCACUGUUUUGUAACAAACAACUGAAGAUUGGAAACAAAGGUUCAGAAUAUGGAUGAGAAGCAUAUAGGAGGGGCUGAUUAUUACCCCUGUCCCCACCCAGGUAGCUCAAAGUGGGGUUUGAGAAAAUGUUAAAGUCGUGAAAAAAGUUUGAAGUCUUGAAAAAAAGGUUAAGUUGCAAAAAAAAGUUAAAGUCAUGAAAAAAAGUUGAAGUUGUGAAAAAAAAAAAGAAGUUGAUGAGAAAUAUGUGAUGGUACUCACUGGGCUCUGUAACAUAGAGACAAAGAUUGUCACCUGUUUUGGUGCAGUAAAAAAUAUACUUUUUAAAAGAUGUUUUGAAAAGGAUAAGGGAUGUUUUAUGGCUGGUGUUUUUUUUGCCAUUGUUAGGUACUGAUUCUAAAAUUUUAAGUCUUUUAAAAUUAAUGGACCACAUAAUUUAAUUGAGUGCUGAGAAUUCAGUGCUAUGAUGCAGGCACAAUAUCAACCACCUGGAAAUUUUAUCUCUCAUAUCAUUUUCCCCAUUGAGAAUGUAUUGAUCAAUAUUUCGUGAGAAGAAUUCCAAAACAAGUCAGGUUUGAAAAUGAUAGGAAACUGUGUUAGGUACUUGGAGAUAUUGUUUGUGUGCUGAAAUUUCCUUUUUCUUGCAUUGGAAUGUGAGUGAUAUAUUAUAUUGUACAUCAAAGAUCAAAAAGGGUAAGACAGACCUUCAGGCGAACAAGUAGUAGCUUAAGGGUGUUAACUUUUUUUUCUGUGGUAAAACAAUUGUAUGGCUUUUUAGAGCUUGUUUUCCACAUGAAGCUUGUUGUGAUAUUGAUAUGUACUAGGUAAAUUGUGAUAUUCAAUCAAUAUUAGGUCCUAGACUCAGUAAUUUUGUAAUUAUCUUUAAGUACAGGUUUGCCAGAUAGACGAAAAUGAGAUAAAGGUGUUGUCGCACUUUUCAGCUAAAUGCAGAACUGACACUCACAAAUUCUAAUGUUGAUUUUUAUCUAUUCCUGAGCAUCUGGGCUGGUAAUUUAAUCGGCUUUCUUUGAUAAAUGAGCACUCGAAUAGUUUAAAAUGUUUAUUUACCUUUUGUCUGAGUUAGCCUUUUGUUAUUUUUGGCUCAAAUUCCACUGAAGUAUGCUUAACUGCUGUAUUAUACUGUUAGGGUAAAUGUUGCUUUGUAUGUGUUUAAAUAGCCUUACAGUGUUGACAGAAUCUUAGGAAUGUGCCCCACUAAUCAGAUUACUAGGUAUUAAAUUCUGAUACAUUCUUUUUUUGGAUAAUCUGAUCAUCAAGAAGAGGUCUGAAACAAGAAACCAUGCUCAAUUUAAAGAGAUAAUGAGUUAUAGAAAAUCUUUUAAACUGAUGAGUGGUAGAAGGAUUACACUGUUUGAGUUCACCAGUUGUUCUGCUAUCUGAAAGGUAGUUUUGUUCAAAGGAGGCUAGUUUUGUUAGCAUGAUACAAAGUAAAUGUAGCUUUUCUCUUAGUGAACUGAAGGUGAUGAUGUAAUAGCAAGGCUUGACUUGUCCAAAGUCCUAUUCUGUUCAAAAAUAUUUUCUUUCUGUUGACAUAUGGUGGAUAGUGUUAAUGGAUUCUUGUCUAUUGUUACCAUCUUGCUGGAGUCACCUUGUUAUCACUGUAAUCUUGAACAAAUAACCACUUAUACUAAAUGAAUUUUGAUCUUUGGACCUUGAAAAUAGAAGAGUGUUUUGGCAUCUAGAAUUUUUUACAAUAUUGUUAUUAGUGUAUUGAGCUCUGCAAACUUUUACAAGCUGAAUAUUUAUGAAGCAUUCAACUGAUCAUUACUUAUUACUAUAAACAGCAGAGUUCCAAUUCUUCAAAUAUGUAUUAUCUUCCAUACUCUUCCUGAUGGCUGCAGUGCAGGGGGCCAUGAUAACAAAGUUAUUUUUGUUUGUUCCCAAGAAUUCAGUUAUCCCAAUUGCAGCUGGGCUGUGCUUCAGUUUUGUUAUAGAGCAUUUUAAAGUUUUUCAUGUUUGAGCUGUGUGAGGGUCAAUGCAUUCCUUCUAGUAAAUAUAUUGUAGUUGUCAAAAGUGAUGAGAAAUAAAAUAGUUAAGGUUAAAAUUCAGUUCGUUUCUAUCUACAGCAACAGCAACUCCAUCAGGGUCUACAAGGUCUCCAUGGCCAUCCUCCCACAAUACCACUGCCCCACCCUGGUGCCACACCCCCACAGCUUCCACCUGGGGCUACCUCAGGACUUCUUGCUCUUUCCAACCUGUCAGUUCAGCCUCCUCAUUUGCCUAUGAUGAAACCUGAAGACAAAGGUAAUAGACUUGAAGAAUAGGUUUCCUAGAGAUCUUUUGGAAAGACCCCUCAAUUAGGGGGAAAAAUUAUUAUGUAAACAUGUUUAUUGACCUUAAAUGCUGCCAUACCCAAUUGUGGUUCUGAAGGGUUUUGGCUGUUUACAUAGUUGUUUUUGUUCCUCAAGUGUUUUCUUUGUAGAAUAACUUUGUUUGUGUUGUAAGAUUCCCUUGCAACCCUCAGAUUUCAAUGGACUUUCCAACUGUAGAAAAAACAAGUCUCUUUUUGUAACUGGUCUUUGUUUUUUUUGGUACUUUUUCUAAUUCAGUUUUUGUUCUUUCUUUUAUGUUCCGUUCAUCCCACUAGAUGGCAUGGUAAGAGUAUUUUCAUCACUUUCAAUUAUUUUUUUUGUGUUAAAGGUCUCUAUUUUUUCUUUGCUAAUCAUAAAUUUUCUUUUAGAAUUCCCUCUCGCCGCUGGGACACAUGCGGUCAUCAGAAAAAUACAGAGCAUCUGACUUGUCGUCACAUGGUAGUGAUGAUGGACACAUGGACAGGGAGCGAGAAAGAGAUAGAGAAAGAGAACGGGAAAGAGACAGAGACAGAGAUAGAGAUAGAGACAGGGAAAACAGAGACAGAGAACGUGACAGAGAAAGAGACAGAGAUCGUGACAGAGAAAGAGAACGAGAAAGACAUGUUAAUGGUGAGUGUACAUUUGAAGGUGAUGCUACUGCUGUCUCACAGAUUUGCUCUCUGGUAGAACCGGGCUCAAUUUAAAUCGUAUUCUUAUUCUGUUUUCUUCUCAUGUUUUGCUAGGAACAAAGAAUAACAGCAAAAGAAAGAGAGAUGACAAAGAGUCAGGGGUAAGGACAUGCUGUGUACUCAACUGUAUGGUUUUUAAGUAAUUAAAUAAGUACAUUUAUUUAUUAAUAUAUUUGGCUCUUUUCAAGGAGAGUGAUGCAGAAAAAAGUGAUGGUGAUUUAGUUGUGGAUGUCUCCAAUGAGGUAAUAUUCUGUGGACUAUUGUUUAAUUUAUUUUGUUACCAAUCUGAAGAUGUUGGAGCUUAAACAUAUUACUCCUCCAUUACUCCUACAGUGCUUUCUAGAAGGCUUUGCAAGUAGUUAGAAGGACUCUCCUGUUUGCUGAGGCCUUUCUUCGUGAAAUAUGUUGUCAUUUCUAAUUAACUUCAACACCUUAUAUUUUUUUCAAGGAUGCUAAUUCUCCCAGAGUAGAAAAUGGACCUGACUCACCCCCUCUAAGUGACAAAAAAGUUAGGAAAGACUCUGGAUCUCCUACCAACCCAUCUUCAUCUUCAUCAACACCUUCAUCCAAACACCCAAAGGUAAACACUUUUUGCUUCUGGUUUGCCAUGUUGCAGUUUGACUUCAUUGCUUAUUACUUGAUCAUAAUAUAUUGGCUGAAUUUUACCCCUGCAGUCUGAAAGCAAAGCUGUGCUUGAAAGACAAACAUCAGAGACAGGCUCAUCUGGAAGGAAAAGCCCAUCAAGAUCAUCACCUUCGGUCAAAACACCAGUCGGUGAGUUGUGUUCUUGUGUAAAGACUGUCAUUCUGAUUGCCAUUUCUUUGCACUGAAAGGCAAAAAUAAAACUGUGUUUUCUCGAACAUCUCUUCUUUGCUGCCUGAGCUGUACUGUAGGUCUUCAAUUUUGUGUUUUUCUCCUUUGUGUCUUCAUUUUAUUGUAAUAACUGUAACAAAAGAUAGAUAAGAAAACAUUGGCUAGAAGGUAGUCAUCACAACAGUACUGUGGUUUUUAAUGUAAAUAGUGAUAAGUGUUUCAUUUGUUUGUGUAUCCAAUAAUUCCAGCAGCACCAGCUGUGAGGCCAGCAAUGUCCGUACCAGGAGGACCUUACCCAUAUGUCAAUACUAUUGCUGGGUAGGAAUUUACUUUAUGUUGAAAAAGUAUUUGUUGCUCAAUUAUUAAAUGUGAAUAAAAAUGUUACUCUCAGUUUGUCAUGAGUGUAGAGAGUAGUAACAACUGAGUUCUUAACAAGGUUCUUCUUCAUUCCAUGCUUUUUGCAAAAAAAAAAAAAAUCUUACUUUAUUCGAAGACCAAGCUCAAAAUUUGCCAUCUCUUUAGAACCUUUGACCUCUAAGAGUGACUAGCAUCUAAUUUCUUCUUACAUUAUCACCCCUGAAUCACACAUUAAGGUCACCAGAAUAAAGGAAAUGAUUAUCAACCAAAGAAGCCCCUGAUUGUUUUCUAAACUCUCCUUGUCAGCACCUUAGGAAAAGUAUUGAGAACAGUGAGGAGAGUAUGCAUGCUGUUGUUAGGGUGUGAAGGGUCAAGUGAUGUGAAAUAGAUUUGUGGGAACUCAGCUAUGGUAAACCUCACAGCACUGAGUUUGAUGAGCACAGUCUUUGCAGGUGUUACUCACAAUGUAUGAAGAACUCUAUAACUUUGUUGAGAGAUUUAUUGAGGGAGUUCUGCACUUUUGGAAGGAGGUUGUUGUCUUUAUCAACAAUGAGUAUUCAAAAAGUAAUUUUUCUCUUUUCUAACAACUUUCAUUUGCAGUGACCUUUCAAGUCCGACACCAUUUUCAUCCUCAGUGAUGACUCCAGGAAUGUCUGCCGGUGGAAUUGGUUAUGGUAGAUCACUGGUAUGAAAUUGUUUAGUUUCUUUCAAGCAAAAGUUAAUUUACCCUCAUUAUUGUCCACUGCCUUGUCUAGGAAGUUGUUUUAGGGCAAAUUUUAUCCUAAGGAAUUAUUAUGAAAUGCUUUUUGUACUGUCUUUGUCAAAGACAUCCCGACCAUACCUUGUUAUCAUGUGAUGAUUUUGCUCCUGGUGUUGGUGCAGUGUCAGUGAUUUGGUCAUCGAGCCCUGUUUGAGAUAUGAAUGGAAAAUUUUCUGUUGAUUUAUCCAGUUGAGAUGCAGCUGGUCUUAAUUUUAAAAAUUUGUGAAAUUUAAUGAAAGGAUGUGCUCUAAAUCUGGAUAAAAAUACAGCCUAUGCCAUUUAAAUCUGGUCAGAUAACUCUUUGCAUGAAACUCCUAUCUCCUUUUUAAACCCUUUAACUACCAAGAUCUGACUGUUAGUUCUCCCCUCUGGCUGCUACAAAUUUUCCUGUAAAUUAGUGAGAACUAUUCCCAUCACCUGUUUGCUGGAAACUUUUUGGAUAUCACAGGGAGAAAGUACAUGUAGUCAGUUCUGGAAGUUUAAGGCUAAAUGAUAGGGUCAAUUCCAAGUUGUGGUAAAGUCAUGUUAGACACCUCUUUGUAGUGAUUGACCUUUGAAAAUUCACAUUUGAACAGGUUGGCUUUGAACAUGGUUCCCCUGCGACAAGAGUUGGUAUGCCUCCUCUGGGACCAGGUCUCCCUGCAGGACCCCCAGGGGGUAAACCUGCAUAUUCAUUUUAUGUCAGUGGUGACGGCCAAAUGCAAGCUGUACCAUUUCCACCUGAUGCACUGAUUGGUUCAAAUAUCCCACGGCAUGCCAGACAGAUCAAUCAACUUAAUCAUGGGGAAGUAGUCUGUGCUGUCACGAUAAGCCAUCCAACUCGUCAUGUUUACACAGGAGGAAAAGUAAGAAUCAUCUCCUACAUGUAAAUGACUUAAUUUGGUUUUUGGGUUAUCAUAGGUAGCUAAGCAUUGACAAUUUUUUGUUUCAAGGGAUUAUUGUAUGGAAUGAUGUUUAGUAAUGCAAUUUUUCCUUCUUCUGCAGGGCUGUGUCAAAGUGUGGGAUAUUGGUCAAAGUAGUGGGAAAAGCCCGAUAUCAACAUUAGAAUGUUUGGUAAGUAGGUAAUAAAGUUCAUAUUUGCACCAUUGAGAGGGUGAGAUAAUAUUCAAAUUCUUAGCUCAUCUUAUAUUGUCUACAUUGCCAUGGUUGUUGGGAAAAAAAAACAAAACAUACUCUGCACCAGGUUUUGAUUUUUGUUGGGCUUGUCUUAAGAACUUGAAACUUUUUACAGAAAAAUAAAUCAGGUUGAAUCAGCCACAAAUCUUCAGUUUUUCUUGUGACUGUAAGACUAAGUAGCAACCUAAUUUAUAUUUGUAUUUUUUUGGCAGAGGGAUAACUACAUUAGAUCCUGCCGACUGUUGCCUGAUGGAAGAACAUUAAUUGUUGGUGGUGAAGCUAGUACUCUAACAAUUUGGGAUCUGGCCUCGUCACAACCUCGUAUCAAGAAUGAGUUAACUUCAAAUGCACCAGCAUGUUAUGCAUUGGCAAUAAGUCCAGACUCCAAAGUUUGCUUUAGCUGUUGCAGUGAUGGAAAUAUUGCAGUUUGGGACUUGCAUAAUCAAACUUUAGUCAGACAAUUCCAAGGUCAUACAGAUGGUGCAAGUUGUAUUGAUAUUUCACCAGAUGGGACCAAAUUAUGGACUGGUAAGGAGGUGUUUUUUUUUUUUUCUGACCAAAUAAUUUCCUAGCACACAUCUGUCAUUAAUUACAUCAUUCUGAAACUAUCAAUUAAAAAACUUUAAAGAUACAUGCCCUGUUUAUGUGGUUGAAAUUGUUGCACAAGUCUUGUAUGUGUUGGUAUUUUUUUUAGCCUUUAAACUCCCAAGAUCUGAUUGUUAAUUGUCUUCUCUAGUUGCUAUACAUUUCUUUGUAAAUCCCUUUACAAGAAUUUGGUGUUAGAUCAAGAUAGCAACUUAAACCUGAUGAGUUUAAGUAUUCUUGUUACCUGUUUGCUGGAUAAUGUAUUGAUAAUUAAAGGGAGAAGUUACAUGUUAAUCACUUCUAUGAGUCAAAGGGUUGAAGAUUUUGUAGGCAAAUGCAGUUUCUGUGUGGUUCCUUCUAUCAGUUUUACAAAGGGAUGUGGAUAUAUUUGCCAGUGACCAUCUUUGUCUGCGUUAAAGUUUUUUUUUUGUUCAAUAAAUUAUUUCAGAUCACUAUUAAUUAAUCUGUUCUUUCUGACAGGUGGUUUAGACAACACAGUAAGAUCUUGGGAUCUGAGAGAAGGCCGACAACUUCAGCAGCAUGAUUUCACAUCACAGAUCUUCUCAUUAGGGUAUUGUCCUUCUGGUGAUUGGCUGGCUGUAGGGUAAGCAAUGAUCAAUUCUUAGAGUUUCCUUACAAUAUCCAAUACAUAUCAAUCAGUUCUGGAUUGUGAAAUAAUGUUAAUUAAUGUUGCUUCACGUGCAUUGGUGAUAUGGGACACUUGUUUGAAAGUUUUGUUUGGAAUACUGAUGUUAAUAAUUAUUCUUAUUCUGGAACUGACACAUUAAAAAUUGCAGUUUAAAAUCUUGCAAGAGGCAAAACUAAACAGAGCUAUUGUUUUCCUUCCCUAGAAUGGAGAACAGUAAUGUUGAAGUACUUCACCAAACAAAACCAGACAAGUAUCAGCUCCAUCUGCAUGAAAGUUGUGUUUUGUCAUUAAAGUUUGCCUACUCUGGCAAGUGGUUUAUUACGACAGGCAAAGACAACUUGCUGAACGCCUGGAGAACACCCUAUGGAGCCAGCAUCUUUCAGGUUUGUAGAGUUUGUUUAAAAGCUAAAUAGCUUACUGUCAUUUAUUUUUCUAAACCCUAGUUUCUGUUACUUACAGUCAAAAGAAUCGUCAUCUGUCCUGAGCUGUGAUAUAUCUACAGACGACAAAUACAUCGUAACAGGAUCAGGUGAUAAGAAAGCAACCCUCUAUGAGGUGAUAUUUUAA